AUGGAUGAUACUCUAUGUGGAAAAUUUUAUACUUUGAGGGAAUAUUUCCCCGAUGAUUUAGGCAAAAACUCAACACUUGAUUUUCAUCAAAAUAAUGAUUUUAUGCAAUGCUGUACUAAUAAAGGUACAGAAGAAAAUAAAUGCCAUACUGAUCUCGAUAAAAUUACGGCUGGAUUUUUAUGGCUACUUGCAGAAUAUUAUUCUAUGUCCCAAAAUGGAAAAUAUAAUGAAAAUAAUACUAAUCCAUUUUUUCUAUAUAUGAUUUCAUGGUUUAGUUACAAAAUAAAGCAAAAAUCAAAUCACGAAACCACCUCAAUAAACGAUUAUUAUAACAAUCAUGUAAAAAAUAGUGAUAAAUAUAUCGGUUUUACAAAAGAUGCUUAUAAAUUUACAUAUCUUGAGGAUGUCUUAGAUAAAAAAAGUGAUUUUUUGAAUAUUAAUAUUGAAGAUUUGUCUAAAUUUUAUGAUGUAUUCAAAUUAUUAUGUAAUAUACAUAGUAAUCUUGCACAGAAUAAAACAAACGACAUACUGUCAAAUAGUGCUACUAGUUUUGUUAACAAACUUACAGAACUUAACAAUAACUCUAAAAUUGAAGAUACCGUACGUAAUAAAAUAUUGCCUGUUUUAUCAACUGAUUAUGAUAAUUUAAAAAAUAAUUGUACUAGCAAAGGUGAUAAAUGUAAAGAUUUUCCACCCAUUCCAGAGACAAUACCAAACAUUUAUGCACAAAAAUCUGGAGUUACAUCAUCAAGUUCGUCGACAGCAAACAAAUUAUUCACAGUUUUAUCGAUAUUUGGUGCAAUAGCAUUUUUUUUAGGAAUUUCUUAUAAGUAUUCGUUAUUUGGAUUUCGGAAACGAGCUCAAAAACAAUAUUUAAGAGAAAAAAUAAAAAAUAUAAAGAAGAAAAUGAAUCGUUAA